AUGAAAAGAAGCUACAGAGAAGGAAUUCUACUACAAUGCCUUAUGAUGGUGAAUUCUUGGAAGAUUAUUUCUGGUCAGCUCCAUUAUUCUAUUCCAGAGGAAGUACGCAAAGGCACUUUUGUGGGAAAUGUUGUAAAGGACCUGGGAAUAGAUGGGAAGCAGCCUUUUGACCAUGGACUACGCAUUAUUCCUAAUUCAGGUACAGUUCAGUACUUUGAAUUUAAUUCCAACAGUGGCCAUUUACAAACCUGUGAGAGAAUAGAUAGAGAAGAGAUCUGUGGAACAGGAGAGAAAUGCAUCUUAAAAUUUCAGAUCCUUGCUGAAAGCAAAUUAAAGCUUUAUGUCACUGAAAUAGAAAUUGUGGAUAUAAAUGAUAAUGCUCCUUCCUUUCUUUCAAUAAGCUGGGAACUGAAAAUCAGUGAAACAUCUGUUCCUGGUUCUCAGUUCUUUCUACCAGAAGCUCAAGAUCCAGAUCUGGGAAAAAAUUCUAUACAACACUAUGAACUCACAGCCAGUAACCAUUUUUCUCUGGAGAUGCAAAGAAGCGAAACUGGUGCCAGAUCUACGAAACUAGUUUUGGAAAAAUCACUGGACAGGGAAGAGCAGUCAGUUUAUGACCUGAUCCUUACAGUUUUUGAUGGGGGUGAACCUAUCAGGUCUGGCACACUGCAAAUUCACAUCUUUGUUCUAGAUGCAAAUGAUAAUGUACCAGUUUUCAACCAACCAAUCUAUGAAGUAAACAUCAAGGAGAACAUGCCUAAAGGAUCCAUAGUAGCUACGGUGAUGGCCAUUGAUAUAGAUGAAGGAAUCAAUGGAGAAAUAAAAUAUUCUUUUCAAAAAAUCUCAAAAAAGGGCUCUCAAAAAUUUAUGUUAAAUUCGACUUCAGGGGAAAUUAUCCUUGUGGGGAGCCUUGAUUUUGAAACAUCAUCAACGUAUGAAUUUGAAGUGCAAGCCAUGGAUGGGGGUGGGCUGAGUGAUAGGUCAAAGGUUGUGAUUUUGGUUACAGACUUAAAUGAUAAUGCACCUGAGUUAGCCAUCACCUUUGUGAUCAACUCGGUGCCUGAGAACUCUCCAGCUGGGACCGUCAUUGCCAUUUUAAAUGCCCGAGACAGAGAUUCAGGAGACAACGGAGAGGUUAAAUGCUCAAUUCCCAGCAACCUCCCUUUUCGGCUCAAGAAAACAAUGGAGAGUUUCUACAGUUUAGAGACAGAGAAAGCCCUUGACAGGGAACAAUUGCCAACUUACUCUAUUACUGUUACAGCGGUGGAUGAUGGGGCACCACCACUCUCUACAUCUGUGGUUAUUUCACUCCAUGUGUUGGACACAAAUGACAACCCUCCACAGUUUCUGGAAUCAAAAUAUACCUCCUACCUUCUAGAAAAUAACCCAAAAGGAGCCUCAGCCUUUUCCCUCAAAGCAAAUGACCCAGACUGGGAAGAAAAUGCCAGAAUAACUUACUCCAUCACUGAGAGCCAAAUGAGGGACUUGCCCCUCUCCUCCUACCUGUCCAUUAAUUCUGAGACAGGGACCGUCUAUGCCCUAAGCUCCUUGGACUAUGAGGAGAUUCAAGAGAUUCAGUUCCAGGUCAAGGCUCAGGAUGGAGGAUCCCCAUCGCUCAGCUCUAAUGUCUCGGUGACUCUCUUCAUCCUGGACCAGAAUGACAAUGUGCCAGAGAUCCUGCACCCCUCCCCUCCCGCUGAUGGCUCCACUGGGAUAGAGCUGGCCCCUCGCUCUUCUGAGCCAGGUUACCUGGUCACUAAAGUAGUGGCAGUAGAUGCAGACUCUGGCCAGAAUGCCUGGCUCUCCUACCAGCUGAUCAAAGCAACAGAACCAGGGCUUUUCACCGUGGGACUACACACUGGCGAGAUCAGGACUGCUCGGCUUUUUCUGGAGAAAGAUGCCCUGAAGCAAAUCCUGGUGGUUUUAGUGAAGGACAACGGGCAGGCGCCUCUCUCUGCCUCAGUCACUCUCACGGUGGUUCUGGCUGACAACAUCCCUGAAAUUCUCUCAGAUCUGAGCAACAUCUCAGCUCCUGUAGAUCCUCAGUCAGACCUCACUUUCUACUUAGUGACUGCCGUGGCUUUUGUUUCCUGCUUAUUCUUUACCUUCCUCCUUGUGCUACUGGCAAUUAGAGUGUAUAGAUGGAGGAAUUCAAAAUUGUUAGAGUCAGGAAGUGUACAUUUUAAUGGUGUCCCAGUGUCACAAUUUGUUGGGAUGGAUGGAGUCCGAGCCUUUCUUCAGUCGUACUGCCACACUAUUUCACUCACCAGAGAUUCUAGAAAAAGCCACUGCAAUUUUCAUGAGGAAAACUGUUCAAAUACUCUGACCAAUCAACCUCUAACCUCUAAUAACUACUAUAAGCUGCUGACAAAUGGUCCCCUAGACAGAGAAAGCACCCCAGGGUACAAUCUUACAAUCACAGCCACAGACAAUGGUACGCCCCCUCUUUCUACACAGAAAACUAUCUCACUGGAGAUUUCGGAUAUCAACGAUAAUGCCCCUGCCUUUGAGAAAUCUUCAUAUAGUGUCUACGUGGCAGAGAACAAUCCUGCUAGCUCCUCCAUCUUCAGCAUCAAAGCUGUAGACCCCGAUCUUGGUCGCAAUGCUAGGAUCACCUUCUCCAUCCUCACUAGCAAAAUAGAGGCGCUACCUCUCCCGUCUUACCUCUCCAUUAACUCCAAUGCCAUUAUAUUCCCACCAAAUUAUGAGGAAGGAACUAUUCCUUAUUCCUAUCAGCUCUGCUUAUCCUCUGAGUCCAAGAUACAUGAAAUUACUUUUCCAACUCCCAAAGUUCAAACUGCUGAAUAUAUUUCAUGCAACCAAAAAUCUGAUGAUCUUUUGGCGAGCAAUGGAACUAAUAUCCUAAAUUCUGAGAUGGCUAAAUCUAGUCUGGCAGUCAACUUUAUCGCAGAGGGGAUGGAGCGAGGGCAAGAAGGGAAUGGCAGAGCAAUCCGAAGGCAAGUACUAUCGCUCUUACUAUUGUCGGUUUCCUACCGGGCUGUCUCGGAACAGAUUCAUUAUUCAGUCCCCGAGGAGAUGUCAAAAGGUGCUAUAGUGGGGAAUCUUGCAAAGGAUCUAGGACUGAGUCUCAGAGAACUCGCAAGUCGCAAAAUGCAAGCCAUCUCUGUGGAUGAGGUGCAGUAUUUCAGAAUCAGUGCAGAAAAUGGAAACCUCUGUGUGAAUGACAGGAUAGAUAGGGAAGAAAUAUGUGGCAGAACCCCACUAUGUGUUCUUAAUAUUGAAUUAGUGAUUGAAAACCCGUUAAAUAUUUACCAUCUAAAAAUAGAGAUACAAGACAUUAAUGAUAAUCCACCACAGUUUCUCAGUAGCACUAUCCAGUUGGAGAUAAUUGAAACAACACAAAUAGGCACCAGCAAUGCCAUUAUAUUCCCACCAAAUUAUGAGGAAGGAACUAUUCCUUAUUCCUAUCAGCUCUGCUUAUCCUCUGAGUCCAAGAUACAUGAAAUUACUUUUCCAACUCCCAAAGUUCAAACUGCUGAAUAUAUUUCAUGCAACCAAAAUUCUGAUGUUCUUCUGCCUACUAAUGGAACCAAUGUCCUAAUUUCUGAGAUGGAGAAAACUAAUUCGGCAGUCAACUUUAUCGCAGAGGGGAUGGAGCGAGGGCAAGGAGGGAAUGGCAGAGCAAUCCGAAGGCAAGUACUAUCGCUCUUACUAUUGUCGGUUUCCUACCGGGCCGUCUCGGAACAGAUUCAUUAUUCAGUCCCCGAGGAGAUGUCAAAAGGUGCUAUAGUGGGGAAUCUUGCAAAGGAUCUAGGACUGAGUCUCAGAGAACUGGCAAGUCGCAAAAUGCAAGCCAUCUCUGUGGACAAGGUGCAGUAUUUCAGAAUCAGUGCAGAAAAUGGAAACCUCUGUGUGAAUGACAGGAUAGAUAGGGAAGAAAUAUGUGGCAGAACCCCACUAUGUGUUCUUAAUCUUAAAGUGGUUAUUGAAAACCCGUUAAAUAUUUACCAUCUAAAAAUAGAGAUACAAGACAUUAAUGAUAAUCCACCACAGUUUCUCAGUAGCACUAUCCAGUUGGAGAUAAUUGAAACAACACAAAUAGGCACCAGCUUCACUGUUGGCUCCCAUACGGGUGAGAUCAGGACAGCAAGAACCUUUAUGGAGAGAGAUGCCGUGAAACAGAGACUGGUCCUUCUGGUGAAGGAUAAUGGACGGCCGCCCCUCUCGGCCUCUGUCACUCUGAACCUGGUGUUUGCUGAGAACUUCCAGGAGGCCCUUCCGGAGAUGAAAAACCAGAUGAACAGCUCAGAGGAUCAGUCGGACCUGCAGUUCUAUUUGGUGGUGGCCUUAGCUGUGAUGUCCUUUUUAUUCCUCUUGUCAGUGAUUCUGGCCAUUGCCAUCAAACUCCGGCAGUCAGGAAAUUCCAGUUUCCUACCAUGUUUUGCUCCCGUUUCCCAUUCCACAGCUGGGGUCAUAUUUCCACCCAAUUUUCAAGAUGGGACUCUGCCUUAUUCCUACCAGCUUUGCCUCUCCUCAGAAUCCAGGAAGAAUGAAUUUACCUUCCUGGCACCAAACAUUCAUAUUGCAGAGAAUAUGCUUUGUGGUGAAAAAACUGAGGUCCCUCUUUCAAGCGAUGGAGAAAGCAGUUUGCAUCCUCAAGUGGAAAAUAACGGAAAGGUAAAUAUCAAUUAAAUGCAAACUCCAUAGAUCUAUCCCCUAGAAUACAC